UACAAAGUAGAGAUCCCAGAGCCCUAAUUCGAAAAUUCGACCGUUGCCAUCGGCCAUUUGUCUCUUGCCUUACGGUAGACGAACAGAAUGCCUUCCGCGGAAAGCAAGAGCCCCAAGGCGGCGGCGCCGACGACGAACCGCAGCAUGAUCCUGAGCCCCGGUUUCCGCUCCGCCGCCGCCAUGGCCGGAUGGGACGAGGAAGCCCUCCUCUUCGCCACCCUCGUGGUGGAGGACACGCCCGUGCGAGAGUCCCGACAGCACAAGCACAAGAAGCGCCUCAAGAGCCCCGCAUCCACCACCUCCUCCACCAGAAAGAGGAGGGCGCGGAGGCAAUCUGGGGUUCCGAUUCCGCCUGUGGUACUUUGCCUCGACGACGAAGAAGAAGACGGAGUUGAAAAUAAGAAGAUCGAUAAGGAGGCUGAGAAGGCCGUGGUGGGAACGGCGAAGGAGGACGAAAAAGAAGGGGCUUUGCUGGAGGAGCCAAACAAGGGCCUUCCCUGCAUGGAUCGAUUGAGGGAAGAGCUCUCCUGCGCUAUCUGCUUGGAGAUCUGCUUCGAGCCGAGCACUACUCCUUGCGGACACAGCUUCUGCAUCAGAUGCUUGAAGUGUGCUGCCACAAAAUGUGGAAAGAAAUGCCCCAAAUGCAGACAACUGAUAAGCAACGGAAGAGCUUGCACCAUAAACACAGUGCUUUGGAACACCAUCCAGCUUCUAUUCCCUGAGGAAGUGGAUGCAAGGAAGAGCAAAGUUACUGCAAGUGAAACACGGAGCAGGAGCAUGCAACACGCUCCAUUACAUACUGCAAACACAAGUAUCAACAGCAGAAGAAGUAGUACCAGAAGUAGCAACAUCAGAAGUGGUGCAAGUGAAGCUUCCCAAAUGACACAGAGUAGGAGCUCCAGAACCAGAGUUGGCCCGAGCCAAUCAGAGGAUGCGGCCAUGGCGCUCAGGCUGCAAAGGGAAGAGUUUAUGGUGGCAUUUCAAGGAAACAGCACCCAGGGGCUGCGACGACAAGCACUUUAUUCUGCUCAUGCCAAUAUCAGAUCCAUGGUGUCCAGGGGUUUCUAUACUCGCACAAGAAGUGAAUGACACGACAUGAGCCUCUGAUUCUGAUUAUUUGUGUUACUGAUCAAAGCAACGGUGUGGCAUAGCGUAUCAGUGUUGUGUUAAAUGACAAUAACCAUUGAGACAACAAAUGUUGUUUCACUAAUUCCUCUGCGUAUGGCAUUGCUUAUUUGCUUGUGACUUGACUUCAUGGCUGUUGCCAAUUUCGAUUUGGUAAUUUGAUUAA